CCGCGGUUGAUAACUCAGCUGCUGCAGUUAUUACGUUUCUGCUUUGUAACAUCGACGGGCGAAGGUGAACGGCGGCGGCCACGUCGAUGAAACCGACACUCGGACAGUCAGGCUACCAAAGUGCCACGCAUUUCUGUAGAGCGAGACGCACGAACGCCCCCUUCGCCCCCCCCCUUAACCGCCACAGUUGCGCGGAGGCGAACGAACGGACAAGGACGGACCGAGCGCGGAUACGUAGGCAAUGGAAAAUUGUGUCGAUAUGGAAACUUGAUGACGGGAACACUUCCAACGACUCGACCGCAGACGUCGAUCGGACAUCGGAACAGAUGAUGAUGAUGAUGAUACUCUAAUCACGUGGCCGUCGUAGCUGUCUACAUCAGAUGGUCGAACGUUUGAAGAGAGAGAGAGAGAAAGAGAGGAGAGCAGUGCCUUGGCAACCGUGUGUACAUACAUACAGGGAAACCGACAGUGAAGGUUAUAGACGUCCCGGCACGAGACAAGUUUUUCGUCAACUCGAGAAACGCCGAGAGAGAUAUUUUAUCGAUAUUUUUUUUUUAGCUGAAAAUUAAACCUCAAUCGGGUGAUUGAACGACAUCCGUCGACGCAACUCUUCUUAUAAUGGGAAUAAAAUCGAGGCUAUUAUUAAGGUUUGUACUUGGUAUUUUGAGGUUAAGUUUUCGUGGCUAAGAUUCUAUACUUCAAAUUAUACAUCACGGUAAACUGCGUUGGAGUAAUGUGUUUUUUUUAUUUCUGGGUGUAUCGAAUCGAAAUCUGACCGGGUGCCGAAUUUUUAUUGACUUAUUCGCGAAACCUCAACACCACGGAAUAAUAAUUGAACCGUUCGCGAUAAGAGUACGUCGAUACGAAUCUCGGAGAUAAGUUAACAAAGUGUUGUGCAAAAUUUGUUGGAUUAUAAAUCGGCAUUCGUUUGCGGUUCUCGUAGUUGAAUAUAUCGUUGUACCAGGGUAUGCGGUUGUCCUAUUAGAUAUCGUUCGCAAAAAAUUCGUCGUUUGUACAAAUAUACGUCGUUUUAACAUGAUGUUCUGUUUCAUGUCUAGACAAUGAUCAUGAAGAACUGUUAUGAGAAAAUGGUGAGUCGUGAAGCAUUGGCUAUAAUGAAAAUAUUGACGAAUUUGUCUCGUUGCCUUUGUUAAAUAAAUUAUCUGAGCCAGAGCAUGAUUCCUUCUACUGAUAAUAUCCGCUUCUGCUUUCAACGUUCCCGACGAUUCGCUCGUCCCAUGUUGUGUAGUUGCAGUACCUUCGACUCUCCAUUGAACAUAUUGGCUAGCAUUCUCGAACCCUAAGAAUAGUGCAGCUGAUCUAUAUUUGGUUCAACUGCUCUUCAAAAGGUCCUGCAUUGGCAACAGUUUCCCCAGAGAUCUUUCGAUCGGUGUAUUCGCUAUUGUGCCCGCUUGCUGUUAUUUCGACUUCUUUUCUUUAUCUUUUCGCAAUCUCUGUUCACUUCCUCUCAACAAAGUUAAUCGUAAAAUUUUCCCCAACUAUUUUACUCCGCAGUGUUUUGUAGUGAUCUACAAAUAUUUGGUGAAUAAAAAUGGAGCGAUCUAACGACUUCGUCACCGCUUACACAAAUGAGGAAAAACUGUUACGUUAUAGAAAAAAAAACGAGAAAUUGCAUAUCGCCAGAAUGGUUGGCUCCGGUGGCGAGGAGUCCGUCAACCUCAAUAUGACCGACGCCCUCGGCGAUCUGCACUCUGAAUCAGAGGCGGACAGCGGCGAGGACGACACGAGACAACUCAUCGCUCAAAUACCGCCGACUUCCGUCAAGGGUAUAAACAACAACAACAGAAAAACGCUUAACCAAAAUCAGUCGAUCGAGUCGGACGACGAAAAUGUCUGGUCCAUAUCCAUACAGAUGUUCAUCCCGUUUCUGCUCGCCGGUUUCGGCAUGGUGGCGGCCAGCUUGCUGCUCGACGUCGUCCAGCACUGGCCCGUCUUUCAAGUGGUCUCGGAAGUUUACAUAUUGGUACCCGCGUUGCUGGGCCUCAAAGGUAACCUUGAAAUGACUCUGGCUUCUCGUUUAUCGACGCAAGCGAAUCUCGGUCACAUGGACACGCGGAACCAGCAGUGGACUCUAAUCGUCGGUAAUCUGGCUUUGAUACAGUGCCAAGCUAUGGUCGUUGGCCUGUUGGCCUCACUGGCGGCGGUGAUACUCGGCUGGAUACCGGAGGCUCACUUCGACGUAAAUCACGCGCUUCUGCUGUGCGCCAGCUCGCUGGUAACCGCAUCGGUCGCUAGUUUCAUUUUGGGCCUGGUCAUGGUUGCCGUUAUACUUUUGUCCAGACGGAUGAACAUUAAUCCCGACAACGUAGCAACGCCGAUAGCAGCCUCCCUCGGGGAUCUCACGACUUUGGCACUUCUGUCGUGGAUAGCCUCCCUCCUGUACACCGCCAUCGAAUACGCACCGUGGAUAGCGCCGAUUAUUAUAGUAAUUUGUAUAGUCGCCACACCUUUCUGGGGUUAUAUCGCAUCAAAUAAUCCGUUCACUCGUGAAGUACUAGAGAUCGGAUGGACGCCCGUCAUAUCAGCUAUGCUCAUCAGCAGCAUCGGAGGUCUGAUACUGGAUUUCACCAUAUCGACGUACAAAGGUAUAGCCGUAUUUCAAUUAGUCAUAAACGGAGUCGGUGGUAACCUCGUCGCCGUCCAAGCGAGCAGGAUAUCCACUUCGUUGCACAAAAAAGGAAACUCGGGUCAAAACCAGAUGCCGAAUAUCUGUAUCAGUCCGCUCCACGCGUUCCUCGAUCCAGGAGGACACGCGAGAACGGCGCGAGUCCUGAUCAUGAUGGUGAUACCUGGUCAUUUGAUAUUCAGCUACACCAUCAGCUAUCUUCAAGCGGGUCACACGUCGUUGACGCCGAUAUUUAUUAUUAUUUAUUUAUUCGCCGCACUUUUGCAGGUUAUUUUAUUGUUGUACAUUGCGCAAUUGAUGGUCGUUUGGAUGUGGACGUUGGGAAUGGAUCCGGACAGUUCUGCCAUACCAUACUUAACCGCUGCCGGCGAUCUCAUAGGAACAGCCUUCCUGGGAAUCGCAUUUCACAUUCUCUACGCCAUCGGCGAUGGAGAUUCCGACGUCGGUGAUUAAAUUCAUUCCGUUGUUAUCGUCGCCAUCGUUCUUUCUUUUUUUUUCUCUCCUUUCCUCUCCCAAAACGACCCGCCACCGUUUUUCCCGCACUCAAAAUGUCGCGAGUCCGAUCGAUCCUUCGUUGUGAUAACGAAAAGAAGUUCCGCACGUCGCGUUUCUCAAGUUCCAACUUUUUAUCAGAAAUUAGACUGCGGAACGUUCGUCGGCACGAUUCCGACGGCCUAGGGGUUCUCGGAUAACCUCUAGCGUAAUUUAAUUGCCUGAUUCCUUUAUUAUUAUUAUUAUUAAUAUUAUUAUAUUUUUACUAAGUUACGUCGUGAUUUAGACUUCUUUUUUCGUCUCGAAAAAAAAAAAAAAACAAUUCCUCGAGCUCUGAAUAUCCCCUAGAGUUUUUAUGCCAGUAUAAUAUACGUGAUGUUACUUAUUUUUAAUUCUAUAAAUAUUUUUAUUAUUUAGCCGAUAUAUUAAGAUUAUUUAUAAUAUUAGUUGACGAGUUAAAAUAUUUGAACCAGACGAUAUUUGCUACAAUGACCAAUACAAUGUAGUUAGCUUAGGACGAUCCGAAGAAUGAAUGCCAUAGAAACCGAUGACGACGUUUGUUGCGCCCGUUUGUCAUCGAAUCAUAAUCGCCAUGUUAUUUCCUCUCUCCCAUCUUACUUUGUGAGAAUUUUAUUCGUUUUGUUGUAUCGUCAAGUGAAGUUUUUAACUUUCACUAACCACGCUCUUCGAAUUGACGAUUUUGUUGACUUAUCACGUUGAUGCGACGACAAAUUUGAAGUACAAAAAUAAUCAUUAAACAAUUAUUAGCUGUAUUCUGAUAGCGAUCGAUUCUAAUUGUUCCUCAAUUUUCAUUUCCCACCUGUUCAGACUGACCAAUUUCCAUGUAUUCCGUGAAACAAAAAAAAACAAACUUUACCUCGAACAAUCGGCGAGACAGCGUCUCCACGCCACACUCGAUGGAGAACAAUAUUCUGAAAUAUUACUGUACAUGAAAAUGUUAAUAAAAUUUUGUAUCGACUA